UAAAAUAAUUGCCUUUAUUGGCAUUCGCAGCGGGGUCACACUGUGCCCAACUGAAUCCAAUCUGAAUCCCAUCUUCGCAUCCGCAUCUGCAUUCCGCCGCCGAGGACGAGCACCCAGUGGCUAAUCCGCCGACCAUGUCGCCCAAGUAUACACAUGCGAUUGUGGCCAGAAUCUCCGAUGCCCUGCUGGAGAACGGGGAGUUCGACGUACAGCUGGCCAAGCAGCAGCACGAGCAGUACUGCACCCUCUUGAGGACCAUUGGCCUCGAUGUGAUCGAGCUGCCUCCGGAUGACCAGCUGCCCGAGGGCGUCUUCGUCGAAAACAGUGCCGUGAUCUGUAAUGGUGUGGCACUGAUCGGAAGAUCGGAGCAUGCGAAGCGGCGUCGCGAGGCCGAGAGCAUGGCCAUUAUCCUCAAAAAGGAGCUGGACAUUCCGGUCAUCGAGAUCGAGGAUCCGCAUGCCCAGCUCGAUGGUGGCGAUGUGCUUUUUACAGGUCGCGAAUUCUUCAUUGGCAUCUCCAGUUUUACCAACGAGGAGGGAGCCCGGGCGGUGGCCAUGGCCUAUCCCGAAUAUCCAGUGACGCCGAUUCGGGUCAACGGCACCAAGAGGCUGAAGUACUAUGUGACCAUGGCGGGACCGGAUGUGCUGUGUGUGAGCAGUAGCCCCACCUGCCAGGAGAUCGUGAAGCGGAUGGAGCGGGAGGCCAGCUUCACCUACCAGAAGUUGACUUUGCCCGAGGAGAGUGCGGCCAAUAUGCUGUACAUCAACGGAACGAUCGUACACAGAUCGCCGGCGGAAAUUCCAGAAGCCUACAAGACUUUAAAAGAGAAAAUCGACAUUCCAACACGCAACAUAAAUAUUAGUGAAUUUAGCCAAUAUUCCAGUGGCCUGACCUCGUCGUGUUUGCUGCUGCGACGCUGGAAGUCCAUACGGAGCUUGUGAAUCCCUGGGAGCUGAGAGGAUCACCUGACCGGAGUGAGAAGCAUUGCCAUGAGAACCAUGCACAACACGCAUCAGCAAUAUCGUAUUAUCUUAUUAUAGUUUAUACACAUCUCUUGUUAUUGUUACGAAUUAAGAUUAAACCUUUAACGCUAAUCAAACUGAUCGUCGUAGAGAUGACGGCGAUGUUACUUUCCAGCCCAUUGUUACCUUAUAAGUUGUGUAAUUUAAUCAGAGUUGGAAAGUAUCAUCAUCGUCGUCCAGAUGAUCGGCAUUCCGAACUCACACUCCAUGACGAUGUUGAACGGAUAUCAUUGUAUUAAUAUGGUAAAAUUGCUAUUAUGAAUUGUAUCUACUUUACAAGUAGCUUGUUGAAUGUGUUCACUGUCUGUCCUCGAAAUAAAUGCAACAUUUGUAAUCUCUUUAUAAACAUUAAAA